UCAAAUUCGUCAAAUUCAGAUCAAACAUCAAAUGUGAUAGAGAUAUAAAUAAUUAUUUUUGAUAAAUAUUUUAAUUUCUAACUGAAAAUUCAGUUUAUUUGUGUUUUUUAAAGAUCUUUUUCGUUUCGCUACCUUUAUUUCGUGUAUUAUGAAAUAACAGUCACAGCUGGUGAUGAUGAACGUUCUCCGUUCCAUGUUCGGGGGGUGCAGCAGCUCCGCGGAGAAGGGGGAGGUGCACGACACCGUGCGCAGGAUCCUGGGCAGCGAGCUGGUGAUGAAGGAUAACACAGACAAAUAUAACCAGAGGACCAAAUACGUGAAUCAUAUACAAGAAAAUCUUUCAAAAAUACUGGAUUUAAAAACGACACCGAAAACGAAAUCUACCAAGAAGCAUGCUCCAAUUACACCCGAGAAUACUGAUUCUAUUGACGAAAGACCUGGACGGAUUGGACCUAAGCUUGUAGUGUUCGAUGCACUAACGGGUACCGGGAGGCUAGUCCUCGUUGGAGAUGAGCGUGUCAGUGUACAGGGUCUGUCGAACUUCGCAACGAUACGAGCUACGGCUUGCGUUUACGCUGGAAAGUGGAUGUUUGAGGUGCAACUCGGUACGAAAGGCAUUAUGCAGAUCGGCUGGUGCACUGCAGCCUGCCAGUUCUCCAUGGACACGGGAGUUGGGGACACGGCCCACUCAUAUGCUUACGACGGUGGUAGAGUCAGACGGUGGAAUGUGGCCACCUCACCCUAUGGCCAGGCCUGGCUGUCUGGUGACGUCAUCGGCUCGUGUAUAGACUUGGAUAAGGGGACUUUGGAGUACUACCGUAACGGCUUAUCUCUUGGCAUGGCCUUCACGAAGGUGGCCAAAGGGUCUGGCCUUGCCUAUUUCCCAGCAGUUUCUUUGGCUAUGCAAGAACAUCUUUAUGCAAACUUCGGACACUUACCAUUUAUCUUUCCAGUAGAAGGUUAUGCUCCAAUACAAGCAGCACCUACUCGGAAUUGUGUUCGUGCAACGAUACUGUUGAAAUCGCUUGAUGCAUUGGUUGAUGAGCUGGAAAAACUCUCUGAUCUUAAGCCUCCAGUCACUACUAGGAGUAGUAAGGCAAAGUCUGAAACAUCUAGGUCUGAAGAAGAAGUGGCGUUGCGUAUUCACAGCUCGAACUCCGCUUACACUCCGAGAGCCUCGCCACAUAGUAUAUUAGAUACUCAGAACAUUGAAAUUAAGAAAAUGUCAAAUAAGGCUUUUCUAAUGUCCAUCGCAAGACUGGUUGUGGAAGAGCUACGUCCAGUGCUAAAAUCCUCGUAUGUGGUAGUAUCGGAAUUGCUGCCAAGGUUCAAAGGAGCACUGGGCUUGAGGGCAAAAGACCAAUGUCCCGAGCCAAAAGCUGCACAGUUCUAUCAGAAAAUGAAGGAACAAAAGUUUCAUGGACUUGCUCAGAAAAUGCUAUCGCAACCAAAAUCACGAGUAUCAAGUCUUCUGAACAUGCUCUGGAUAUUUCUAGAAGAAACUGUGCUGUGUGAUAUACUAGAACACUGUGUUGUGAGAGAGUGUCUGCUUUAUGAUUUAGUACCAUCAGAUAUGAACUUCAAUCAACAAAUCGAGGCAGUAUACGCUUUAUGUGGUCUGAUGCAGCAUCGAGAAACUAGACACUACCUUGUCAAAUAUGUGUUUUUCAAUAAAAUAACGUUCGAUAAUUUCCUGAACGUCAAAUGCCCCGAUGACACCGUUCUGCGCUCAGUUAUUCGAAAACCAUGGUGGCAACGACCAACUUCUGUGCAAGGAGAAACAGAUCCAAAAAUUGCUGAAAUAGCUGAAAAAGGAGUUAUAGAGACAUCAACAUUCGCGCCAAAUGUCACAGAAAAAAUGUCUAAGCUCCAGUCAACUGCCGAAAGUGAUAGUACUCUGGAAGCACAGUAUAGAGAAGAUUGUUAUAAAAUCACCAAAGCCAUUACAACUUUAGAAAGAAUACAGAUGGAAUUCCUUCUAAUGCUGCUCGAUAACUCUGACGGCACAAACAUGGUACCAUCAACAAGGAAGAUCUUUUUGGAAAAGUUUAGGAGGUACAUUAUGGACAACUGCAUAUUGGAUUUGAGACUGUUUAACGUUUCUCGAAAUUCACCCGCUAUCUCCUGGUGUUGUCACGCACGUCUUCUUUCAGCCGUGCUGCAUCUAUGGCACGAAAAUCCCUUAGGCCAUCCCCAAGCCCCUCCUCAUAUUCCUGCAAGAACAUUUAUCGACGGUGAACUGGAUUUCUACAACGUUGAUCGUCUCGGAGGCGUCCUACCUUUCCUUGUAAGGACAUUACGACAGGACUUGAUCGACGUUCUGGGUGAAGACAACACCUUUAUACAGAGCUUCGAACCGAACUACAACAGAGCGGGAGGCGUUGACACGGGUGUAAGUGAAAUGGCAGCUGGAUCACCUGGUCUUGCAACGCUUCCUCAAGUGAUAUCCUCAAUGGCGCGCUUCAUGCAUCCCCCCAUACCAUCAAUAGCGAACAGAACUACCGGCGAAACGGCCCUGGCACUAAAAGGGACGAGGUCAAUGAUGCCAGGCGCUGGACCCAUUGAUGAUAGAAACGCGUACUUGAGGUUACUCGAUGGACUGCUUGCACUAUACCACGGAGCAGCAAUAAAACAUGCUGAGAAACUUUGUGAGCUUCGUGACAAUCAACUCGAUUUGGCUGACUGUCUUUACGACAUAGAGAAUCGAAUUACAAUUGUUACCCAGGAACUUCAGGCUCUUUCAGGUUCUGCAACUGGAACGGAAGAUGGUCAGAAGAAAUUAGAACUUUAUAAAGUCAUGCUCAAAGAACUAGACAGAUCCAAGAGUGUUUACGAGGAAAAGCUGGAAGCCAGUGCCCUCCAAAUGGCGUGGGUGAUCGGUGCAGUGUGGACGAAGCAACGGCAAUCGGAGCUAGCUACGCACUUUGCAGGGGCCUUGCAUUCACUGCGAAUCGCUUCGGACCCUGACUACGCCACUCACGUCCAAACUUCAAGUAAAGAGAUCCUGGCUGGAAAAAGUUCUAUAUUAGGAGCUCAAAGUUAUGCGUCACUUCAAUUAGAAUACACUUCUAGUUCGGAUCAGAGUCCACAGACACCCACGUCAAGAGCACCCACUCCUCGAGCUGAAUCUAAUACGCAAAUUGGAACUACCAGCCCUGACACUGGUACAGAGUUUACGGAGUCGUUAUUCGCGUUUGUACCAGAGUACCACGUGGAUGCCAUGUUAGAAUUGUGCAACACAUUAAGACUGUAUAUGCACCCGACCAUAACCGUUCAGCAAAUACCAGAAUGGGAAGAACUAGUGGUAUCCUGUGCUGCGUUUCUGUGCGCAGAGUUCGCGGAUUCUCGGAUAGUGCUAGCGAGCACGCGGGAGUCUCUUGUGCAGACGCUGGCUUCUUUCGCGACACAGCCGGCCACCAUGCGGGCUAUUGAACGAGUCCCUUUAAAACAACAAAUGUGUAUGGUGGAAGAACUGAUACGUCCAUACCAGAACCGCGCUUGGGCGCAAUCAAACUGGGUGCUUGUACGUUUCUGGCAUGGUUCAGGCUUUGGUUACCGGCAUAGACAGUGGCCACAUUUAGCUGCAAGUUUCGGUGAUAGAGAACCUACAGUUAACAAUUUAGGAGCUAAAGUGGACGCUGCACUUAUGAGUCAGUGUUUUGGGCCAUGUCCUUCAGAAGUUAUUCAAAGUCGAAUAGCAGACUAUUUGAAGACCCAUCCGAAGGAGUCUGCUGCUUACCUCAAUUCCCUUCUGAGUCAGUUAAACUGGGCCUUCUCCGAAUUCUUCACAAUGAUGCAAGAGAUUGACCGAGUGGAAGAAGAUGCUCAGCUAGAACCUCGUCAGAUCAAGUUAUGUGCAACAUGCUUCGACCUGUAUCACGGAUUAGCACGAGCGCUCGAAAUGACGCUUGCAUUAUUCCCGGAAUUGCUGACGAAACCAAGUGCCAGCAUCAACCAGAAUGAACUUCUGUUGGGGAGAACCAGUCAGAUUCUAAUGGCAGUGCUGUCCCGAAUCUGCGUGCCAGGAGGCGGCAGUUCCAGUUUCGCGAGGCUCAUCAAACGAGGUCUCCCCGAUACGGACAGGAUGCACUACUACGUGGCCUUGGCGCCGGUAGCUGGUUGCCUCAUUAGGAUGCUGGACCCUAAGUUACCAGAAGAGCAUUUGAAUAAAGUAACUAAUGCUCUAGCGUCCGAGCCUUUAUUUCGAUUGGACGGACUGGAAUUUAUGUUAGAAAAAGAUAAAAGCAAACCUUUCUCUUUUUACAAAUUUGUAGGAGACGUAACUUUGGAAGAACUAGCGGCUCUUGAAGCGGUCGUGGAACGCCUCAGAACGGCCAAGGAAGCCCUGGCAAUGUCGGGAUCCCCUGGCUCGAGCGGUGCACAGUCAGACCUUCUCUGCACUAUAUGUUACGCAAGACCAGCCGAUACGGCCUUUGUACCGUGUGGGCAUCAUUCUUGCAGGCCAUGCAUAAUGCAGCACCUACUGAACAGUAAACAGUGUUUCUUCUGUAAAGCGGAAAUCGAUACCGUUCGAGAAAUAGAGCCUGCGAACAGUUAAAAUACCUAUUUCCUUAAUCAGUGGACUUUUCCAGUACCUACUCUGUGAUAUAUUUUAUCAAUUGACAUUUUUACACCUUAGAGAUAGUUACUUGAAGUUGAAAUACUUAGAUCAAGGUUUUUACAAUUGAAGUCGUCGAGAUUUAAUAAAAAGUGUUUUGGAUUUAUUGAA